GUCACAAAGGUUUUGGUAAACUGCCGCCCUGGAUCAGAGGUGUGAAAACCCAAGCUAAUUUGAGGUAUCGAAGAUUAAAGAUCGGGAAAGACUUUCUAAGUCUAACGAGGUCCUUAAGUAAUGAAGUCGAUUGCUGUGGUAGUAAUUUUCCUAAAAAUCAUAUCUUUGUUUGAAGGGUAUGUUGGUUCAACGAAAACUUCCUUUGAACAUCAUAUUCGAGCGGACCUCUUGAAGAAUUAUGACAAAAAGGUGCGCCCAGUGCUUAGGGGAAAAAGAGAAGUUGAAGUGUCGUUAGCGCUCAGAAUCAGCAGGCUUGUGAAAGUGGAUAAUAAAGAGCAAUUAGUGGUUUUGGACACUUGGGUCAUACAGACGUGGAGAAAUGAAUUCCUAACAUGGAACUCAAGUGAGUACGGCGACUUAAACCGCAUCCAUUUCUCUCCUGAGGAAAUCUGGGUCCCAGAUGUAGCACUAUUCAACAAUGGCGAUGACAAGAUCAACCUUGCUGGAGGGCCAACCAAGUUCGUCACCGAUAUCUCUGUGAACGAUAAAGGGAGAUGUGUUUGGAGUGGACCAGCUACUUUUAAAGCGAACUGUGAGAUGAAAGUAGAUGAGUGGCCAUUUGACGAACAGACUUGUGAACUGGCAUUUGGUUCGUACUCUUACGGAAAGAAUCUUCUGAAACUAAAGUUGUUCAAGGACAAAAGGAAAUUUGCAACUCGCUUUGUGAAAAGUGGAGAUUGGGAAAUAACAAACAUCACAGCUGCGUUAGGCGAGACUGAUCACGGGAACUGUUGUCGAUUUAACUUCAGUGAAGUGGUGUACACUUUGGAAAUGAAACGGAAAUCACUAUACUAUAUGUUCUAUUUGUUUACUCCCACCUCACUCCUAACGAUUCUUGCACUCAGUAGCUUCUUGAUCCAUGUGGAGAGCGGCGAACGCAUUGGUUUUGUCACAACUAUCCUGUUGGCCAUGACCGUAUUUCUGCUUCUCAUUCCGUCUUUCCUUCCAGUUACCUCAGAUGGCCUCCCAAUCCUGGGUAUUAAUCUUCAAGUAACGAUGAUCUUAAUUGCAGCUAUCCUUUUCGCCAACAUUUUCGUCCUGAGGGUUUACUUCAAGGAGGGAACACCACCAAACUGGAUUGAGAAAUUCUGUAGCUUUGGCAACUUUAAAAAGGAAUCAAGAGUGAGGAGAGUCAAUGUGUCACAGGCAGACAGCAAUUAUCCUCUGGCUUUGAAAUCCUCUACGACGACUGGCAUCGAAAUGCCUGAGUGCACAGGAACCCCUGCAUUUGUGCAACCUACAAAAGUCCAGGAGUUCACGUGGCAGAGAGUGUCCGCUAAAAUGGAUCUCGUGUUUUUCGUAAUUUUUAUCAUUGCUUCGUCUGUCGCCUAUGCCUUGACAUUUGGUUGAUGAUUUUGUAAACAUUGCUGUUACAUAAACACUUUUAAGUUUAGGGAGAAGUAUGUUCUAUAAACCACCCAAACUUUUUGUCUUCGCCAUUUAAAAUGCAUAUGUAUAAACACGAAUCCAAAACGUUUCUUAAAACACCAAGGUUAACUGUGAAGCGUAUGUAAAUUGAGGUUGAAAAAGACAGUUUCUGCUUA